ACGGAGUGUAUCAUAGUUCUUCACAUCACUUUAAUGAACACUUGGGCAUUGUUAUGUUUAAAUUCAAAGUAUAUUAUAAUACAAUCGUAUAAUACCAUCGUAUCCAUAUACGUAGAGUUCUAAAAAGGGGAAGCCGAAUUGCGUUAUUUGAAAUAUAAAACACAUACAAUGAACAUCGGAGCUAAAAUCUUGUUUAUUGCGUAUUUUGCUGUGCACCUGACCGACGUCGCACUUUCCGGAAAAUAUCAAACUAUUAUCCUUGACGGCCCAAAGGCACUGAGCGAUGAUAUAAAAGACACAAAGAUUGUACUUCGAAUAGAAGGGAAAGGCGCACUGGAUCUUCUUCCGCCAAGCGACACUGGUGGUAUUGUCUGUGCUGAUGUCUUGAUGCUGAUAGACAUAUCAUGCUCGAUUUCAAACAAGGACAAACAACGCGUUAGAAAUAUAUCAGCUCUAGUGGCCCAUUCACUACUUACGUCAGUUUAUCCUGAGGAUCCGACUUCCUUUAAUCUGGCAAGAAUAGGGGUGCUCACAUAUAGUGAAAAGACACGACACGUAUUGUAUUUAAAUAAUAGCAAAUCAAGCGAAGAAAUUGAUAAAAUAAUACGAAACGUUGAAAUUAGAAAAUCUAAACAAUCUCUAUGUAGAACGUCGACACAUCGGGCACUUAGUGAUGCUAGAACGUUUUUCUUCAAAUCGAAACAAAACAACAAACAAAUAAUCAAUUUGUUCACAGAUGGACUUACUUUUUUAAGACGUAACAGAAAAGCACUCUAUCGAGAGCAAAGGAAACUUAGAGAAAUGGGUGUGAUAAUUAAUGUGAUUCAAGUACGUCAUAGGAAGGGGAAAUACGAGGAGAAUGAAUACAUCAAUUUACCACAUACACAGAAUCACCUUUUUGAAUCCAAGGACAAGAAUAUCACCUCUCAACUCAUCGAUCGUCUAAUAGAGGACGCAUCGUGUGCGAACCUAAAGGCGUGACGUAGAC